UAUUGCCCGAAAUUGACUAUACAGUCUUUGUCCCCAAAUUACAACGAUAAUUUAAUCAGUAGUUAUGUUAGGGGGGAAAAGAAAUAAAUUAAAUAAAUAAAUAAAGAUUAGUUGUCCCUCUAGUGGUGAUUCAACUGCAAGCCUCUGAAAGUUAAACGCGACGACGUCAUUUUUUACUAUCAGUUUCCAUCUGAAAGAACAACACAGCUGCGGGUUAGUUCACAGUCCAAAGUGAAGCAGCAGACGUGAACCAACUCUGUCACUGGUUAACUCGUGAUCAAUCUCAAGUGCACCACAUAAGGCAAUAGUUGCGAAACCUCUGAGCAUAUUAUUUAUUGUCUGUGGACUGGACUUUUCUCUUUUGAGGCAAGAUGAAUCUGGACGAGUACUUCAAAAGGAUUGGUUUCAGUGGCUCAUAUGAUAAACCGGAUCUUGCGACACUGAAGCUGAUCCACAGACAGCACAUCAUGUGCAUCCCAUUUGAGAACCUCAGCAUCCACUGUGGUGAGAGGAUCACCAUGGACCUUGAGGUCAUCUUUAAUAAGAUAGUGAGGAGAAACCGUGGCGGUUGGUGCUUUGAGAACAACUCCCUGUUUGGCUGGGUGCUGAGACAAAUGGGCUAUGACACCACAACCUUGGGCUCCAGAGUUUUCAACAUUACCAGUGACGAAUUUAAUCUUAAAGAAAAACAUCUGAUUAACAAGGUAGUCAUUGAUGGGAAGACCUAUAUAGCAGAUGUAAGUUUUGGUGUGUCAUUGCAAAUCUGGGAGCCUCUGGAGCUCAUCUCUGGAAAGGACCAGCCUCAGAUGUCUGGUGUCUUUCGCCUCAUAGACAAGGGGGACAUGUGGGUGCUGGAGAAGACCGGCAGAAAACCAGAGGUCGUUAAUUCAGAAUUUGCUAAAUCAAGACUGUUAAACAGGAAGGAAACAAAGCAGAUCUACUGCUUCACCCUGCAGCCUCGCGAACCACAUCAUUUCUCUCAGGCAAACAACCUCCUCCAGACGGACCCCGCCUCACUGUUCAUCAACAAGUCCAUCUGCUCUUUGCAGACUCCCACGGGAUUCAGAGCCCUGAUUGGCUGGACCUACAGUGAGGUCACCUUCAAACCAGAGGAAGGUGUUGAUGUCUUUGACAUGAGAAAUGUAAAAGAUGAUGAACUAGAGGAAAUCCUGAGGGAAAAGUUCAAUGUGAAGCUACCGAACAAACUUCAGGCUGUAAACAAAAAAGAAUGCUACACACUUUAGGAAAUUAAACAGCACAUAGCCUGCGUUGAGGAAGCUCUGAAACAGCAGCAUGUAUGAAGCUCGCUGGAUUUCUGAAUUUUUAAAAUAUGAUAGUGUUGAAUGUGACGUUUUGUGUGAUAUAAAUGAUGCAUUUCUAUGACUAAAAGAAGUAAACACCCUUUCAAUGUGUUAUUUUAUUUUGGUCACACACAUUUUUGUGCUGGUCCAGAUAUGGAAAGAUUUGAUUCACCACAUAAACAGAUCAGUACCAAGAUUAAACUU